UUGACUUGAGUCGCGCGUUCAGCCUUCCUAAAACGUCCCCGGCGUCCCGCAGAGCUCGUAAAAGCGACUUAAACGCGUUCACUGCGAGUUCACGUCUCAAUAUACCAGUUUUAGUUGGGUCAGUCAGCUUUCAAAAUGGUGUUGUCAACCACGCUCGGGAGGUUUGGAACAAGGGUUAGGGCUUCAAAACAAGAAUUCAGGGUUUCAGGUUGUGUUCCAGAACUACUCUGUUUUGGCAAUCCUUGUUGCCAUGCUGCUCCUGUCAGCCGUGCCCUGCGAGCUCCCACACAGGUCCACGGCUGUAAAUGAAGAAAAGCACUUACCAGGUUCCAGAAGAUGGGGCGUGAAGAGGAUAUCUGAUAACAAGGCGGCGUCGCACGCUCCGGGAACGACGCGACGGACCGUGGUGGAGCACGACGAGGGCUCGGGCGGAGGGGACUCUGCAGCGGUGAAGGCGUCAACCAAGCUGCUUUUAUUGGGCACGUACCAACAGAUUCACCGCACUCUGGCAUGUGCUGAGGUACUCGGGUCAUCCCCUGUCCACUCCGCUCUGGUCGAGAUGCUGCACGGCCCUCAUCAUCAUCACUACUCAUGUGCAACUGCAAAGGCUCACUCCCAACCAUCUCCAGUCGUCUACAUCUUCUCGUUCAAUAUUACCAUGUCUAAAACUCUGCUCAUAUGUAUAGUGUCUUUCUUCCUCUUCCUCGUGAGGCCAGAGUCCAAACUUAAACCUGAACUUUUGCCGCAUCACAUCAUCGAGGGUCUAAAGAAGAAAAAGUGGACCUGGGCACAGAAAAAUGCAGCUGCGCAACAAUUACAGACGCAGUGAGCCAGAAACCGCACGAACCUGCAUAUAGCCGCCGUGGAUUAUCCCGGAAUGACCGGUGCGCCGGUAUGCGGAGGCACCAAGGACACAGACGAGAGGUGUCAGCGAAGGCAGACCUCAAGGACUCCAGUGGAUUAGAACUGAUUGAAUUCCCAUUUGCGGCAUUUUGGGUCAUCGGUGCCAGCGCUCAUUUCCUUCCUCGCUUUCUAACUCAGAACAAAUAAGAGUGCACUUCAGAAGAUAAGCGUAUUUGCAUGGCAAUAACAACGAGCCCUGGGAUUUUGAAAUACGAACGGCAAUAAAGUUUUCAUUUUGACGCCAUGCGAUUCAGGAAAGUGGGACAUAGUAAAUUACAUCCACCCUUAAAACAUACACACAAAGCUUGAUUUUUUUAUGUGCGAGAUAUAUGCAGACUUUUUAUGUCUAUUCUAUUCUGGACAAGCGGCUUGAUCAAUACGAGGAAGUAGAACGGGGCAAAAAUUGAUUCAUCAAUGUAAGAACACCCAAAAUGACAAGAAGAGAUGAAAUUCCACC